CAGGCCAGCUCCCUCAGGGCUCACAGGGCAAACCCCCCAAAACAGAAUCACACUGCGAUGCAGGAGAAACGCAUGGUAUGGCUGAGGUGGAAGAAACACUGAAGCGAAUUCAGAGCCAAAAAGGAGUGCAAGGAAUCAUUGUUGUUAAUUCUGAAGGUAUUCCUAUCAAAAGUACUAUGGACAACUCCACAACGAUUCAGUACGCAGGCCUCAUGCACAGCUUCAUCAUGAAAGCGAGGAGCACUGUGCGAGACAUUGAUCCCCAAAAUGACCUCACAUUCCUGCGGAUCCGUUCCAAGAAAAACGAAAUCAUGGUUGCACCAGCGGAUCGUUGUAAAGAAGUACAGCAGAUCCGAGAGCAGCAUCCAAACAAAAUCCCGGUCAUCAUCGAACGCUAUAAAGGGGAGAAACAGCUGCCAGUGCUGGACAAGACCAAGUUCCUUGUCCCAGACCAUGUCAACAUGAGCGAAUUGGUCAAAAUAAUCCGGCGUCGCUUGCAGCUGAAUCCCACCCAGGCUUUCUUCCUGCUGGUGAACCAGCACAGCAUGGUGAGCGUGUCUACCCCCAUCUCGGAGAUCUACGAGCAGGAGAAGGAUGAGGAUGGCUUCCUCUACAUGGUCUAUGCUUCCCAGGAGACCUUUGGCUACUGAGGCUGCUGAGAGGUGGCAUGUGGAGACAAAUGGACUGUGGCGCACAGGCCCCAGCCUUGGAAGACAAUGCAACCAGAGGCUCACGAGAGGGGGACCGUGCCGACUCCCCCUCUCUCCCUCCCUCCCCUUCCCAUCCCCCUGUCACCAAAGAGGCUUGUGGCGUGUGUUGGGCUCACACAACCCUUCACCUUGUCUAGAUUAGUCCCCCUCCCUCCACACACACGCACCCGCGUGCGCGCAUACGUGCAGCCACCCACGCGCAUGGAUGGGGCCUCGCCUUCCCAUUCCGUCCCCUUCGUGUAACCUUCAGCUGCUCUCACUGUGCUGUGUACAUGUGUGUGUGCGUGUUUGUAGCCUACUGCCAAAACAGGUCAGCUGGUGAUGGAGAGGGGACAGGACGCUGUUGCCUUCGCUUCCAGCACAGGGAGAGCCGCCUCUCCUCCAAAACGCUAAUAAAGGGCAGGAGGUCUGCAAAAGCAGCAAACAGAUGUUACCAUUGCUCCCAAGUUUUAAUUGAUUUUAAUUACACCCAUAUCAGAUUCUUGGUGCUACUGAGUAGAUGUAGGCGUCUCUAUAGGACUGUGGAUAAUGUAUAUCCUUUAAGUUUAUUUUAUUGGUUGGUUGGUUUGUUUGUUUGUUUUUUAGGGAUAGAUUGGAAUGGGGAGAGGGGGCAAUCUUUCCUGUAUUCUGUAGGUAAAUAAAUCGGGCUUCAUUGCACUUUAAAGCAUAGUAGGUGUCAGAGUGGAAUUUACUUUUAAUUUAUACAGGUUUGCCAUACAUAGUGCUGCUCCUCUGUUGAUAGUUGUACCUA